AUGCCUGGGGUCAUGUAUGGCCCAUUACACUAUCGUUCAUUAGAAAUGAGUAAGACUGUUGCACUCCAGGUUACUCGAGGCAACUAUGAUAAAGCUAUGGUUUUACCCAGUAGUGCAAAAUGUGACCUAAAUUGGUGGGUUGAUAAUGUUGAAACUGCAUACAAUGUUGUAAGUAAUGGGGAGUCUGAUCUUACCAUGACCACAGAUGCAUCUAAAACAGGAUGGGGGUGCACCCUGCAAGAUCUCCCUACAGGAGGCCAAUGGACUCCUGAGGAGGCUUCUGGGCAUAUCAAUUUUUUAGAAAUAAAAGCAGUUCUAUUAGGUUUACAGUCCUUUGGUGAUAAAGUGGCUGAUAGGCAUGUUAAAGUUUUGAUAGAUAAUACAACUGCUGUUUCUUGCCUCAAUCAAAUGGGCACUGCAUACAGCAUGGGUGUUUGGAUUACUACUGCCCAUAAUCCUGGUGUAGCAAAUAUUGUUGCUGACCAAGAAUCCAGGAAGACUAGCUCUGACUUAGAGUGGGCAUUAGAUUUAAAGAUAUACCAGUAA